AUGUCUGAAAAGAAAUCCCGGGGCUCAGACACCCGACCCAAAUGUGGCGUCCGUAGCUGGAGCGCAGACAGCUACGCAUGGCGGGGAAAGAAGCGCUGCCGGAAUGAGACGGCCGUCAGAGGACCAGAGAUGGAGGGAGUGGAGGAGCCGGUCGUCCGAUCUACAUCCUGCCCGAGGCGGCGUAGAGAGAGGACUGGUAGCUGCAGUGAUGGCGACAUUGACGGGGCGUGUAGAAAGGCCUUGUCGCGGCGCUCCUUACGACAGAAGUUCCAGGAUGCGAUGGGUCAGUGUCUGCCUCUCCGUUCUCACCACCACCACCACCUUAAUCCAGGCUCUGUACGUCCCUUCUCUGUGCUUCUCUGGUCCAAACGCAAGAUUCAUGUCUCCGAGCUCAUGCAGGAUAAAUGCCCCUUCUUGCCAAAGACUGAACUGGCCCAGUGUUGGCAUCUAAUUAAAAAGCACGGCACCCAUCCAAGUGCCACCAGGGGCCUGGAGGCUCCCUACAAAACUUACUCAUCCUCCUCUUCCUCCCCACCUCCAACACCCCUUUCUUGGGAGGACAUUAGCAUUUCCCCGGGUCUUCGAAGCAGCAGUCUGGAGGACUGGGACCCUUCUUGUUCUCAUGGGGAAACAGGAAGCUGCUGCAAUCAUACAGAUUACAUCCUGGUUCCAGAUCUGCUCCAGAUCAACAACAGCCCCUGCUACUGGGGAGUGCUAAACCGCUUUGAGGCAGAGGAGCUUCUAGAGGGGCAACCGGAAGGCACUUUCCUGCUCCGAGACUCCGCCCAGGACGAGUUCCUUUUCUCCGUCAGCUUCCGUCGUUACAGUCGUUCCCUGCACGCACGCAUCGAGCAGAAUGGCAAGCGCUUCAGUUUUGACGGACGUGACCCGUGCAUGUAUCGUGACCCCUGUGUGACGGGCCUUCUGAGGCACUACAGCGACCCGGCCACCUGUCUAUUCUUUGAGCCCCUCCUAUCCCGACCACUGCACAGGACUUUCCCAUUCUCCCUCCAGCACCUGUGCAGGGCUGUAAUCUGUAGCUGCACCACCUACCAGGGUAUUGAGAGACUACCACUCCCCCCCCAGCUCGGGGACUACCUCCGACAGUACCACAUUAAGUGUAAUGGAGCCUGCGCAAUGUAA